AUGAGUGAUUCAAAUAAAUCUUACUGGUCAUUUGAAGAAGAACAUUGUUUACCUUACACUACUACUGUUACCAAUACUAUUAGUACUACAACAACUGCUACAUUAACAAUAACUACUACUGGUACUACUGACACAGAUCAUGUUAGUGGUAAAACCGAUGCUUCAUCUGUACAUUUUCCAUUAGUUUCUAUGACUGUUCCAAUUAGUACUUCAGAUGUCAUUUAUCCAAUUCAUAGAUUAGAAAGUCAAUUUUUUGAAAGAACAAUAGAAAGAAGAGGAUUACAACAUUCAGAAGGAUUAUAUAUUGAAAGUACUCCAAUAUGUCAGGAAUUUAAGAAUAUACUAUAUUUUCCUCAAAGUCAGCGGCAAGUACCAUCGUAUACUAUGGAGGAAUCAACAGUAACAUUUGCAGGGUCUUCUAAAAUAGGUAAACAUGAAAAGAAUCAAGGUUGUAUCACACCAUCAUCUUCCAGCUAUGUUGAACCUAGUAUUUAUCACUUCACUACUAGUCAGAUUGAACAGGAAUCUAGAUUAACACCAUCGUACACCUCGGUGAACACAGCAUCUGGAAACUAUGCGCGGAAACAUUCAAGGAGAUCAUUUGAUAUCGAAAGAGAAAAGUUCUCUUAUCAAAGCGGAAUACUUGAACAUCCAUCAAUAUGUCCGUAUGGAUUCUUGAAACAAGAAUCAUCCACGAGUACUGAUCCGACUACUUUCACUUCAAAAAUUAUCUCACCUAUGGAGAGCAAAAGCAUAAAUUUGCCUGUACCCUUUAUAGAACCAGAGAUUUAUCCCAUAAAAACACAAAAAGAAUCACAUUUGCAAGAACAGAGUCAUACACAGUUCACCAUUUCACCUACACAAAAACCUCUUCUAAGACAUUAUUCAGUUCCUGAAGGGCCGAUAUUUGAAAGGCCAGAUAUAUACCACAUUUCACAUCCAAAAUCAGCCCCAUCUGAACAAGAUUAUAAUACACCAUACUCCAAAGAUUAUUUUGAUGUUUUUUCUAUUAGCCAGUCAUCUAGACCAUUAAGUACUGAAACGUUAACUAGUUACAUGGUAGAUUUUAGCGCAGCUCCAUCUCUUUCUACUGAACCAGGACCAUCAACAUUGAUGUACAAAACAUUUACCCCCUCCACCGACACUGUACCUUCCAGUUCAACUAGAAAAAGUUCUGUUGGGGAAUCUUCGGAAAAACGACGAUAUUGUUGUCCUGAAUUACAGUGUGGAAAACGAUUUGCUCGCCCAGAUGAACUUAAACGGCAUCAUAGAAUACAUACUGGGACUAAACCUUUUAUGUGUAAGUACUGUCCACGUUCAUUUGGUCGUUCUGACCAUCUAAGAACACAUACACGUUCUCAUACUGGUGAACGUCCAUAUACAUGUGAAUCUUGUGGACGUAAAUUUGCUCGGUCCGACGAACGUACAAGACAUAAGAAAGUUCACAAUUGUGGCCUAAUUAAGGAGAUUCCCUCAGGUGAAAGCUCGUUUUCUAACAAAACAACACAGAUAUCAUGUCCACAAGAACAAAUAGACACAUAUUCACAUGAACAACUGUUAAGUACAUCAGUAAUUGAUACAUCAAUACAAAGUUCGUAUCUAAGCUCCGUUAUUUUUCAACCAUCUCUUUAUACACCGAUUCCAUGGCAAACAACUUCAAUUGAAUCUAAUCCUACAAUGCCACAAUUACAUGAUAUUUCAAUGGGAACUUUAUCUCCUUCAUCAAGUUGUCAACCAACAUCAAUAUUAGGUCUACCAUAUUUGAAUAUUACAUCAUCACAGCCUAUUGAUACUUUACCUGAAUGGAAAAUAUAUACAAUUACUCCACAUAUUCAUCCAGUUACAACAAGUGAUUCUACAUGAUCAAAAAAAUAAAUAAAAACAUUUGUCAAUUAUGUAUAUGAUAAAUAUAUGCAACAUACAAGUGAUAUAUAUAUAUUAGUUAUAUUUUUUAAAUUCUAAUAUUCAUUAGAACAAUAAUAACGAUUUCGUGA